AUGGGAGCUUUCAAGUCCCAGAGAACAGAUGUCCUUAUUGUAGGAGCUGGUCCUGCUGGAUGCAUGGCUGCCGCGACUUUACAAAGAUACGGUAUCGAUUACUGCUUGAUUGACAAACGGCCUACAAGGACCCAAACUGGGCAUGCCAGUGCAUUUCAACCCCGCACUCAAGAGAUACUGCAGACAAUGAACUUACUUCAUGAUCUUGACAAGAAGGGUCAUCGGCUUACCGAAACAUCCUUUUGGGUGCGUGAUAGUGCUGGGGCUUUGGUUAGGAGCUUUACCGGCGUCGAGGUAGUCCACCCUACACCCUACAAGUACCUUUUCAAUACCGACCAAGGUAUGACAGAAGCUAUUUAUGAAGAUUAUCUGAUGUCCAAGGGGCAAAAGGUGCAGCGUUUUAUGGAAUUGCUUCAUUAUGAACACAAUCCAGACGAAGCCGAAUGGCCUCUCACAGCAUAUAUAAAAAACAAUGCUAGCGGAGCCAUUGAAGCUUGGUUGACAAAGUACAUUCUGGGCUCUGAUGGGGCACGAAGCGCUACGCGCCGAGCGGCAGGUGUACAAUCAUCCUCGCAGGGCGGCGAAGAUGUUUGGGCCGUGGCAGACGUCUAUGUUGACACGAACUUCCCUGACUAUAGACGACGCUGCGCCAUUCGAACCCCAGAUGGUGGCUGUAUGCUGAUUCCUCGCAAGGAUGAGGGGCUCCGGAUAUUCCUCCAAGUGGAUGAAAAGAAUCAGGAGGUUGUCGACGCAGGCAGAGAUCGUGCACUCGAUGCUCUUUGUGAAAACAGCUCUUUCAAGCUCACCGAGACAGUUCAGUCGCACAUCAGCAAAGUCAUUCACCCUUACCAAAUGAAUAUCACUGAUAUUGUUUGGAUUAGCCAAUAUCGUGUUACCCAGCGAGUUGUUCAUAAUUUUUCUGAUCACACCGGGCGGGUUUUCCUUCUUGGAGAUGCAUGCCACACACACAGCCCCAAGGCGGGACAGGGAAUGAACGUUAGUAUUUCUGACGCAUAUAACCUCACGUGGAAACUGGCGCUUGUUAUGAAAGGUGUUGCAAAUUCCGCCUUGCUCGAAACAUACGAACAAGAGAGACUUUGGGUUGCACAACAGCUUAUCGAGUUCGAUGCCCUGUUUGCUCGUCAAUUUGGACAGAAAGAUAAGCUUGAAAGCCAGAAUCUCCGCGAAACGUGGGAAAUGGGACAUGGUUUCACUAGUGGAUGUGGAUAUGAAUACCCUUCAAGCCUGCUUGUCAAUCCCGACGUCCGAACGCCAAUCAAUAACCAAGCAGCGGAGCCACUGGUGCCGGGAAAACGUCUUCUACCUAUUGAUCUCAUUCGACACAUUGAUGGAAAUCAUGUUCGCUUGCUCGAUGUCAUGCCGUCCAACGGCAGAUUCCAUUUAUUUGUUUUUGCGGGUAAUCUUCCUCUUUCGUCGACUGUGGAGAACCUCGGGAACUCCUUGAAUUCCCCUCAGUCUCCAAUGAGUCUCUUCAAUCUUCUACCAUUGGAACUCAUGGAGCGUUUCCACCAUGAAGACAUUACCACAGACUCAAUUCCUUCCACGAACAAGUCCUAUUUCCUUGACCUUUUCUUCAUUCAUUCAAAGAAUCAUCUUGAUCUUUCAUUGGGAGAUCUUCCCGCUCCAUUUUCUACCAAAUGGCCAAUGCAGAUAUAUUCCGACAUCAGUGGUGCCGCUCAAAGCCAGCUUGGCGUCCCUGAAGAAUCUGGUGCUCUGGUAGUGGUGAGACCCGAUGGCUAUAUUGGCCUUGUCACUGGCUUGGACCAACUGGAAGACGUGACUUCCUAUUUCGAUGGUUUUAUGCUGAGGCGCGUUUAG